AGCAUCCUCCCUCCAAUACCAGUGCUUCCACCCACACUCUCUCUCACAUCCGACCACCUGCGUCCACAUACUCUUUGCUGAACAUUUUCUCGGUUCCUUCCAAACUCUCACGUUCUUUCUGAAGCGUUCGCUACCAAAAUCAAGAAUCUACUAUUGUUGCGCUCCAAAGUCCGGCCUUGUCCGACAGUUGCGCAUCCACCAUCCACGCAAUCUACCUGCGCUGUUGGUCGCGUCGCAUAAAGUCCCAUUUGCCCGCGCCACGAUCCCACGAUUCUAUCCUGUCGAGUCCACCGGAGAUUGUAUCGAUUCCUGCUAUGCAGCCUUCUGCGAUGCCAUGAAGCACUCCUACGCGACCGUCGUUCAUUCUCGGUCGUCCCACGCGUGACCAUGGUUGCGGACAACCACCCUAUAUACCUAUCUUGAUUCUCGACCGUCAUGGUCGCCGAAUCGUCCCUCAGCACGCGCUCUUCACUGAUAUCUCUCGAUCCGGCCCUCGCAAGUCACAUAACAGGCACCACCCGCGCCACGACCGUUCCCUCAGCCUCACACCAUGGCUCCAGUCCGAGAAAGGCCACCAAGACUCCCACCUCGGAGCUGUCGCGCAGACAUCUUAGGAAUAACUCUGCGCCGAGUGUCAGUGGAAAGAAGAGAACUGGUUCUCUGAGACGAGUCAAGAACAGUACCGAGGUCUUGAGACAGCGUUCGACCAGAUCAUCCAAGAAAACAAAGCCACUGGAAACCAUUCCCGAUACAAGAUCAGGUCGCAAUUUCACCGUUGGCAAUGUCGGGACCGGUGGCAUCUUGUAUCUCAAGCCUUCGGCUCAACAACGUCAUCCACGCGCCGUCGUCUCUCCCAUCACCUUGCCCACUACUGCUCCCGCUGCGCUCGGGCAUGCCGCCCAGCUUGUAUCCGGCACACAGUCUCUCUCAAACCCGUCCGUCUCUUCGUUGACACGAUCUGCUUCUCCCAAACGAGUCGGACGAGCCGAUGGCAGGAUAGCAAUACCCACCCAUGGUCGAUCACAGUCCUUCUCGACCCUGGGAGAACGUCGUCCGUCGAAUUCUGCGUCAAAGUCUAAAACGGUCAGAAUUGUGAUUCAUCGUCCCGAGGCCUCAAGACCCAAGACCGCUCGUGAGGAGACUGAAGAGAAGGAAGCUUUGCCAACGCUGGAAAUCCCAAUUCCACAUUAUCGGAUCGGCACUUUCCGUUUCAGUUCCCAUGGAACUCCCAUGCUGCGCGGAUCUUCUUAUACCCUUGGGUCUGUCACUCCGUCCGAGGCAACCCCCACUCCAGCAAACUUCCAGGCUGAAAAUUAUUUCGGAGCUCCUCCGAUGUCCAGUUUGAAAGCCUUUGCGAAGAUUGAUCCCGCGAAAACCACUCGAGGCGACACUCACACUCGUACAAAAUCGCAAAUAACGACGUCCUCUAAUUCGACGUCGGGAACGACUUCCACCUCAGCCACUUCAAUACAGCCCGAGGUAUUCGAUGAAUUGACUCAGGUAUAUGACGACCCUUCUGUUGUUCGAUAUUGCCAGAAUGUGAGAGAGAUAACAGCUGCUACUCCGGCCCGCAUCAUUGCACAGAUCUCGUCCGAUUCGUUCAUGGACUAUGAGCUGGUGUCGGAUUUCUUCUUGACAUUCCGAUCGUACAUGUCCACGUAUACUGUCUUGGAUCUUCUGAUGGCACGACUGCGGUGGGCUAUUGCUCGGCUGGAAGAUGAUGGGCGAAUCAUCCGGGUUCGGACGUUUGCCGCUCUUCGACACUGGAUCCUGAACUAUUUUAUGGAUGAUUUUUAUGCCGACCGUCGACUUCGAGAACGGUUCUGCCACGAAGUCAACAAACUCCACGCCGAUGUCAAAGCCAGUCCGGAGAAUGGGCUUAGCGAUCUCAAACUCCUGCGCGAUCUCAAGCGCUGUUGGAAUGGCCGUUGUUCGCUCUGUUGGGACCCCGAAGAUUUCGACUUGGAUGGUGAUCAAGAGAAUGAAAUCCAGCCUGGGGGCCUCGACGAAACCGAAAGCGCGCGUACUCCUCAGAUCGGACCUCCUCGCAUUGUGCAUCCGAGACCAGAAUCACCACAAACUGAGGUCUUGCGGGGACCGUCGCACAGCUGGUUUGAGGCCGAAGCCGUCGUACAACAACCGCAGCAUAGCCAGCCCUCGGACCCACUCGCAAGUUCUCUGAUGAGCGACGGGAGUUUUCAGCCAAGCUCAUGCUUUCCAAACAGAAAUCUCCUGCGUCUGGGGCCUGAUCGUGAUUCGGUGUCCCGAGGGCCGCAUCCAGUUUCCGUUCAACUAAGGCGCAAGAAUGCUCCUUCUAAUCUACAAGUGGUCACUCAGACGACUCUCGCGCCGAAGCCUCUAGGUCACAAGAGGGGAGCAAGCUCCAUCGAUAGUAAUCGUGAGCAUACUCCCCGUAAAACGGAACCUGAAACCCCGGCAUUCCUUGCUGAGGAUGGCGACAUCAUCCGAGGGCUCUUAUAUAGCCCUAGCGGUCCAUUUGUACAGCUAGUGCCGUCGAACUCGACACAGUCACUGGACAGUACCCGGCCUGCAGGUUCCAAAGAAACUCCGAGGAGGGAGCCAGGGAGUCUGUCCGUCACGCAACCCAUUGGAAGGAACAUCUUUGGCUCUUUACGGAAGGUGUUGGGAAGCAAGCAAGGGCAUGGCGACUCGACCAUGGUAACAGUAUCACAAUCUGCCACAGAUGUGCCAAUACGAAGUCACAAAUCACCUUUGCCUCUGAAUGUCUCUAAAUCACACGACGAACUACGAAAUAAAUCUGGACCUCUAAUGGCGAGGAAAGGCGAAGUUCGCAUCGACUUGUUGUGCGCCGCAGUUUGUCAAAACUACGAGACGAAAUUUCCGACCAAACAUCAAGUCCAUUAUAGUGCCUUGCUCGGCAAACACGCCCCUUUUGAAGCAACCGACAUUCCUGAAACCGAGAGACAGCGGAUGUACAGUCAUGCAACUGCCCAGAGUGGUUCUAUCUUGAUCGUCGAUGAUACUGGACUUGAUGUCCCCGCAAUGACUGGCGCUCUGCAGGCAGAGAGUACCGGAUCAAGUUCUCAUGAUCCGAGAUUGAUACCGUCGCCCCUGAAUGUCCCUCUUGGUCAGGAUGCCCCCAAGCGUGAUGGCAGUAUUGAUGCUGUGGCAACCCAGCGGAGCUCCAAUCUUCUUGGAGACCAAUUGGGCUUAGCCCACGGAAGUAACGACACCUUGGAACAACUGACGAGUGCACGAAUUGUACCCGAACCUGCUGAGGACGGCCUUGAGCAGAUGACACGGGACAAACGCCCCCUCUCUCCCACCACUGCUAGUUCCGGAACCGUGCGCGAGGGGACUGGAUCACUUGACAUCCCUCGACCCUUGACAGAAGAUACCGAUACACAGGAAGCCAUUGCCGACGCGAGCUGCGAUGAAGGUGAAUAUCCCGAGGAAUCAGGAUCUACCUCGGAAAGCAAGUUUCCAGCGCAUACAUUAAGGAGACGUCCAGGAGGAGACUUGCGACGCGUUGAGAAUGUGCAGCAGCUUGAUCAUACGAUUCACCAUGCUUCUAUUGACACAGCUAGUGUCAUCUCUGGUUCUCCUCAUGAAUCGCUACUUAUCAUGAAAACACAGACUCGCCGUGCUUCGGAGGGAGGACCACCACGCAAAAGGACAAUCUCAAUGAUCAACACACAUUCGUCACAACAUCUCCGUCCUUCCUUCGAAGCAGCAGUGGCCGGUUUCUCAGCUAUACCGGACGAUGAUGACGGAGGCCUUGAAGCUACGCUGAUGAAGUUGGAAGGCAGAUACGAGAAGAAGUCGCCUCCUAUCGAGCACCAUCCUCUCGAUAUGGCAGGGAGGCGGAGAUCUCUCCCAGAUCUCACCACGAGAUCUCAGCUGGACCUUGAAGAGCCAGUUCGGGCAAGCACCGCAGCCAACCAUCGAUUUUUCGAGCGGCAAGUUCGUGAGACGGUUGAUGAAGUGGCUUCCGAUGAGUCUCGGGAGGAGUUGACAACCGCAAAACUCAAGGCUGUCGAACACAAGCCCUCCAAUUCUCGAAGAUCUUCGAUCUAUGGACUGCCGACCGAAUCCGUUGUCGACUCGGAGGAUUCCCACGGUUCCCUGCCGUUGUUGAAGCGGGAGACGGCUCAUGAAAGCACCACAAUACCUUUCCGAGUCGACGAGAGGCACAGACCUCCGCCAAUUGCGCCUGGAUAUUUUCCACAAGAUCCUCCUCAGUUGUUUCAUCUGCCUAAAGGGCCUCCACCAAGUGCCAGCAAGGCCCGACAUAGCAUUCCCAGGCCUGGAACGGGCAAUGAGAGCAACCGCUCUUUUCUGCUGGAUGAAGAUGAAAAUCUGUCUGAUCUUUCCUCGGAAAUCUCGGUGGACAUCAUCAACUACGCGGAGGUUGCAGGUCGCUCGAUUUCGCCCAUGCUCGCCGCACCUGGGACGGCCAUCUCUGGACUCGAGAUACCUGCUCAUCCAUUGACAUACGCUUCGGUGGUCAAUCUGAAUGUUCCAGAACCUCCUGCUAGAACAUCAGAUCCGCUUCCUCAGACUAGUAAUAUGCAGACGAACAACGUUCAACCUUCUGUCAACCGCCAGCCUCCGCAAGCUGCUGCUUCUUCAUCUCAACCAAUACCGCGUUUGCCGGCUGGUCCGGCCCACCUUCCCUUCGUCCUCGCAUGCGAUUCGCAACUGCUUGCACAGCAAAUGACCUUGGUCGAGAAAUCAGCUCUAUGUGAAGUCGAGUGGUCCGAUCUGGUGGAGAUGAGAUGGGACAAUAAGGCUGCCGAGGUUCUGGAUUGGGUUGAAUGUCUCGCAAAGGGCACUAUCAGAGGUAUAGAUCUGGUGAUCACCCGCUUCAACCUUGUUGUCAAAUGGGCCUUGUCCGAGAUCGUUCUGACCCAGGACCUCCACGAACGCGCACGAGUCAUCACGAAAUACAUCCACGUCGCAGCCCAUGCACGAAGAUUGCACAAUUACGCUACCAUGUUGCAACUCACUAUCGCUCUUACCUCGACGGACUGCACACGGCUGUCACGGACCUGGGACAUGGUAUCUGGACCCGACAAGUCGUUACUCAAGCACAUGGAGGCGCUCGUUCAACCCAUCCGCAACUUUCAUGAUCUUCGUUUGGAGAUGGAAUCAGCUGAUCUCAGUGAUGGCUGUGUUCCUUUCAUUGGUCUAUAUGUGCAUGACUUGACCUAUAAUGCCCAAAAACCUUCCCACAUCCCUGGCGGACGUGGAUCAGAGUCUUUGAUUAACUUUGAGCGAUAUCGAACUACUGCAGUCAUUGUCAAAGGACUUUUGAGAUUAAUUGAUGCGAGCUCGCAAUACAACUUUGAACCGGUGCAAGGUGUCAUCGAAAGGUGUCUCUGGUUGGCCGCCUUAGGUGAUGACCGAAUCCGAAGCACGAGCAAAGCGUUAGAGCCAUAGAGGGAUGUACUGGAUAUGGCUAAUGGAGGUGGCUUUGCUUUGCUGGAACACACAAAUUCGUCCUGUUGUGGACGGAUACCUGGCGGCCAAAUCUCACGGCUUAUCAAUUCUGAGCGAUUCAGCGAUGGCGUUGUCAGUGGCGAGCUACCCAACUGACCAGACUCCGAUUUGGAGUUUUACUUUGGAUUACGAAUGCCGGAAGAGGUAAUCCCGCUCAGCCCUGGUAUUGACGGAUAUGAUAUUGGAGAUACACUGCAUCAUAAUAGGGCUGCAUGACGUUGGGUAUUAUAAAAUCGUAAUCUUGGUUAACGAACGGAUAUAUUUACCUGAAUAUGAAGAUUCAAGUCCAAA